AUGUUUCAAAAAAUCUUUUGCUCAAGUCCUAUUCUAUUACUGUUACUAUUUUUAAAUGUUAUAAUCAAUGAAACCUUGGCAGCACGUCAACAUCAUGUACAUGGUAGACCCGCCAUAAUAAAUCUUGACUCGAACACGAUACAAAAUAAAUACCUUUGGAGAUGUUUGGACACUUCUACGAAUCCAUUACAAGUAAUAGAUUGUAAUGGUGGCUCAACACAAAAUAAGUUUUCCUUUGGAAUGCUCCAGCAAAAUUACGAUGGUUGCAAAAACCCAUUUGUGGUUUAUGGACCUGAACUUACUAUAUUAUCAUGGAACAAAAAAGAUAACACAUUAUCUAUGAGUUCUUCGGUUAACGCUACAAAUGUAGAAUGGUGUUAUAGUGAUUCAAAUUAUGAGGAUGCACUUACUAUUCAUCCAUAUUCCCAACUGGAUCAAUGUCUGGCUGCUCCUUUGAAAGAGGGAGAUCCCGUAUCUGUUAUUAAUUGUGUAGUUGAAAGUCAGGAGCAAUUAAUGGGAAUAUCAUGGACAUUAUAUGUCGGAAGUUAA